AUGCGUAAAAGACAUUCAUCUGACCAGCUCUCUCUCGUGCGCUUUCCCUCUCUUCCUCCCUCUCUUGGCCACUCCUACUUUCAGUUCAGUAAAAGUGAAACUCAUCACUACUUCCUUCUUAGUCUGGCUGUGGGAUUCAGCAGUUUUGUUGUUGUUGUUGAUUUCUGUUUCUAAGAUCUAGACUGUCUAAGAUAUUGUUUUUACAGUAAAAUGGCAGAAUCCAGUGUUUCUUUGGCUCAGGAUGAGUUCAGCUGUUCAAUCUGUCUGGAUCUACUGAAGGAUCCAGUAGCCCUUACCUGUGGACACAGUUACUGUAUGAGCUGUAUUACAGACUGCUGGGAUCAGGAAGAUCAGAAGGGAGUCUACAGCUGCCCUCAGUGCAGACAGACCUUCACUCCUAGACCUGUUUUAGGUAAAAACACCAUGCUGGCUGAAGUAGUGGAGAAACUCAAGAUGACAAAACUCCAGGCUGCUCGUCCUGCUCAGUGUUACUCUGGAUCUGGAGAUGUGGAGUGUGACGUCUGUACUGGGGACAAAAACAAAGCCAUCAAGUCCUGUAUGGUGUGUCUGAACUCUUACUGUCAAUAUCAUCUUGAACAACAUGAGACUUUCUUCAGAGGUAAGAGACACAAUCUAAUGGAUGCCACUGGAAAACUGCAGGAGAUGAUCUGUCCUCUACACGAUAAACUACUAGAGAUCUUCUGUCAUAGUGAACAAAUAUGUAUUUGCUUGCUGUGUAUGGUAGAGCAACAUAAACAUCACAACACUAUAUCAGUUGCAGCAGAGAGGACUGAGAAACAGAGACAGUUGGAAACUACACAGAAAAUUUUCCAGAAGAAGAUCCAGGAAAGACAGAAGGAGCUUGAGGAGCUGAAAGAGGCUGUAGAGUCUCACAAGCGCUCUGCACAGACAGCAGUGGAGGACAGUGAGAGGAUCUUUACUGAGCUGAUCCGCUCCAUUGAGAGAAGCCGCUCUGAGGUGACACAGCUGAUCAGAGAUCAGGAAAAGGCUGAAGUGAGUCGAGCUGAAGGACAACUGGAGCAACUGAAGCAGGAGAUUGAAGAUCUGAGGAGGAGAGAUGCUGAGCUGGAGCAGCUUUCACACACAGACAAUCACAUCCGUUUCCUCCAGAGUUUCCAGUCUCUCUCUGUUCCUCCUGGAUCUACAGACUCACCCAAAAUCGUUGUCAGUUCUUGUCUCUUUUUUGAUGAUAUUAGUAAAUCUGUUUCUCACCUGAGAGAGAAACUGGAGCAUUUCUGCAGAGAAGAGAUGGAGAAGAUAUCUGAUAUUGUAAAAUACAUUGAGUUUAUAUCAACCCCAGAACCAAAGAAAAGAGAGGAGUUUCUACAAUAUUACCGACGGUUCACACUGGAUGAAAACACAGCGCAUAAAUACCUCUGUCUGUCUCAGGGGAACAGAAUGACUACUAAAACUAACACAGACCAGCUGUAUCCUGAUCAUCCAGACAGAUUUGAUAGAUUUACUCAGGUGUUGUGUAGAGAGAGUGUGUGUGGACGCUGUUACUGGGAGGUUGAGUGGAGUGGGAUAGGAGUGUAUAUAUCAGUGUCAUAUAAGAACAUCAGCAGGAAGGGAUGUGGUAAUGAAUGUGCAUUUGGAUAUAAUGAUCAGUCCUGGAGUUUAUAUUGCUUUCCUUCCAAUUACUGCAAAUACUCAUUCUUGCACAACAACGGAUGGACUAAAGUCCCUGAAGUGUCCAGCUCCUCUAGAAUAGGAGUGUAUGUGGAUCACAGUGCAGGAACUCUGUCCUUCUACAGCGUCUCUGACACAAUGACCCUCAUCCACAGAGUCCAGACCACAUUCAUUCAGCCUCUCUAUGCUGGGUUUAGAGCUUAUGGAUUAGUGAAACUGUAUGACAUCACAAGAUAGAUGAUACAAAGUCAUAUAGUGCAGCAUGUGAUAUUAUCCAUAAAAACACAAGUGAAAGCCUUACCACAUUAAGCUAAUAAUGGUUCUAAUGUAAAGGUAAACGAAAAACAACAAUCUUCAUUGUAACCAAUGAUACAAAUAAUAUACUGUCACUAAUGUAUGCUGUAAUUAAAAAUAUGAGAGAACAAAA